AUGUCGGCAUUCACACAUCCCAAGUUACGCCCUUUGCCAGCGGGGAUCAACCUCACUGAAAGAGUUGCUCUCGUCACAGGUGCAAGUUCCGACCUGGGCUUGGAAACAGCCCGCCAGCAUCUUGUCCUCAAGAUCUCCACUGUCAUCCUCGCCGUGAGGAACCCCUCCAAAGCCGAAGCCUGCAUAUCCGAGCUCGCUGCCGAUCCGAGUGUCAAGAAGAACAACGCCAAAGCAAUUAUAAAGGUCAUGAAGGUCGACAUGGAGGAUCCACACAGCAUGGUUGAGUUUGCAAAUGCGGUGGUUGCAGAGAUACCCGUCGUUGAUUAUCUGAUUCUCGCUGCACUCCUCCCAGGCCUAGAAGCAAGCGCCGGAAACACUGGUCGUGCUUCCCGCAUCUCCUGGGUUGGAAGUCGUCGCCAUGAGUCUCCGACUUGGGCUUCCGAGAAACAUGUCAAGAAGGACGAGAGCAUCUUGAAUCACAUGGACGAUCCGAAGAACUUUGGCUUUACGACCGAAUGUGGCGAUACCAGGACUCUGUGCCAUUGUAUCGUGCAGGCCAUCAAGGACCGUUCGGUGAAGGAGGGAGCGUGGGUGUUGUCGCAUGCUGCAUCGGUCGUAGACUCAUCUUCUAAUGGCCGAUUCUUAACUAACAAGGAUGACAACGCAACCAGCGAAUUACUCUCAUGA